AUGAUGGAACGUAAACUUACCAUCCUGUACGGAAGCCAGUCCGGAACGGCACAGGAUUUGGCCGAGCAAAUAUGGCGCGAAUCAAAGAUGUACUUCUUCCGCGGGAACGUACUGCCGAUGGAUGAAUACGACGUAUCGCAACUGAUCGGAGAACGAUUCGUGGUGUGUGUUUGUUCCACCUACGGCCAAGGGGAAGAACCCGACAAUAUGAAACGGUUCUGGAAGUUUCUGCUCCGCAAAAAUCUUCCUACCGAUUCGCUGCAACAGGUACACUUUGCCGUCCUGGGGCUCGGUGAUUCGCGCUACCCGAAGUUUAAUUAUGUUGCGAAAAAGUUGCAUAAACGAUUGAUACAGCUAGGUGGAACGGCACUGCUUCCUGUUGGUCUCUGUGACGAUCAGCACGAUCUGGGAUAUGGGGCGGUAUUUUUGCCCUGGAUCGAUCAGUUGUGGGACGAUCUUGGACGCAUAGUACCACUACCAGCCGGUACACGCAAGCUACCAGAAAGCCCACGAGAGUUCCGUUGGAAGGUGGAAAUAGCCCCGGCAGGCCAACAACAAACAGGUGCAAUCGAUCUGUACGCUGACAUAACCAUGCCGAACGGGUUUCAAACGAUGGUGGUGGAAAAUCGACGCACCACGGCACCGGACCACUUCCAGGACGUUCGGAUGAUAACGUUCGAGAAACGGGCAGUUCCUUGGAGUUCGGGCGAUGUGCUUUAUGUUAGACCGCACAACUCUAGCGAAAGCAUUGACCAGUUGUUCGAACUGUUCAACCAGCAUGAGUUGCAUCUUGACAGAGACACAGUUGUUCAUGUGAAAGCCAUUGAUUCAGAAAUGCCCGUACCGUCCAUUCUUCAAAACCCUCUGCCCUUGGUUGCCAUUGCGGAACAGUACUGGGAUUUAACGGCCAUACCACGUGCGAGGGCGUUCGCGGUAUUGGCUAAAAACUGUACCAACGAGCUAGAACGGGAAAAACUGAUCGAGUUCAGCCGCUACGAAGGGCAGGAAGAACUAUUUGCCUACGCCAACCGACCGAGACGAACGAUAUUGGAGGUACUGAUGGAUUUCCCGCACGCAACCAAAUGUCUGACGCUAGAAGCACUUUUUGAAUUAUUCCAACCGAUAAAACCGAGAGCAUUUUCGAUCGCCUCCGCAGUGGAAAGUGGAAAGUUACAAAUUUUGGUGGCUAUUAUUGAGUACCGGACGAAACUCAGUGUACCCAGACGCGGGCUGUGUUCAAACUGGUUGAAACUUUUGACUCCGGGCCGUGUAGUGAAUGCGUGGGUACGAAAGAGCACAUUCCAGCUCCCUGCAGAUAAUAGAAUUCCACUCGUAAUGAUCGGGCCAGGCACGGGUUUGGCACCAUUCCGUGGCAUACUUCAGGAAAGGGAACUCUCCGAAACACCUACCUCUGCACCGUUGGUACUGUUUUUCGGAUGCCGUAGUUCUACCGCCGACUUCCACUGCGAAGAAGACCUCAAACGAAUGGAACAGAGUGGUAUGCUACAGUUAUUUUGUGCCUUUUCACGCGAUCAACUGGACAAAGUUUAUGUUCAGCACCUUAUCAAGAAGCAGGGUGUUCUUUUGAAAAAGUUGCUAGUAGAGGACGGUGGUUAUGUACUGGUUUCGGGUAGCUCAAAAAAUAUGCCUCAAGCAGUUAAGGAAGCUCUGGCUGAAGCAAUUGACGAUGCACAGCAUAUAGAGAACAUGAUUCAAGCCAACCGUUAUCAGGAAGAAACUUGGGCAUAA